CGAGGGUAGUCUCGUGAUUUCAUGUUUCAUGUCUUCCUUAAAACGUUUUACUUUUAAUAAUUCCGGAAGUUGUUUUUUCGUGCAGCCCUCUUCAAAAUAUUAAUCAUUUUCUUCAAUUCUUGAAUGUCUUCUUUAUUUGAACAAGUAUUUGGAAUUUUUCUAAUUUAGGCUGAAUGAUACGAGGCAUUAUCUUACACAAUUAUAGUUUAUUUUCGAACCGGUCUUCGAAUAUUUCCGCUGUCAUAUUUUCGUGGCAUAUAAGGCAUCUUCGACCCAACCAUUUCUGGCCCCGGCAAGUUUCGUAAAUGUCGAAUUGCGUUUAAUUGUUUGGAACUGAAAAUUUCAACUACUGUUUAAGUCUGUCAAUACUUUUUUAUGCAGUUCUUCUAGGGUUAAAACACUAAUUACAUCUGCGUGUUGCUCUUUAAAAACUCUCACAGUGCCACCAUCUUAUGCUUAAAUACUGCAUUCCUUAAAUUGAUAAGUAGUGUAGUGUGUAUUAAUGUUAUGUUGUUCUUUUGAUUUUGCAGCUGACUUCGACAUCAGAAUUGACGAGCUCAAUUACAGAGGCGGCCGGCAACUUCUCCAGCAUUCUGGUAUAUUCACAUGCUCCAAUGAAGGCAUAUACCCCGACAAUCGAAACUGUAGCCUAUUCUACAGAUGCGUUUCUGAUGGAAAAAAACUUUUAAUUCCUUACGCCUUCGAGUGCGGAGAUGGUACCGUAUUCGACCCCGCCAUAGGCGCUUGCAAUUACGCAUACGCGAGCAACAGGGAAGAAUGUGGAGGCAAUGGAAUCGACGGAGAUUUUGGAGACGUUAAAAAUCCUAUCAAGCUUGUAACUACUACUACCACUCCAAGUAACGCAGUCAAGCGCGAACCGGACCGCUGUAUCAACGAAGGAUUUAGAGGGGACCCAAUAAACUGCCGGAAGUUUUACAGAUGCGUUGCAAAUGGAGCGAAUAAUUUUCUCCAAUACGAAUUCGCCUGCGCGAUAGGAACCAUUUGGGACCCCGAAAUAACAGCUUGCAACCAUCCGGCCCAAGUAUCACGACGAGAUUGCUCGGAGGAUGCGGACGGUGGUCAGUUACCCGUUAGUCACGAUAGCACCGACAAUUCUGACAGCACCUACUGGCAAAAUAGCACAUUUUCAAACUCCUCACAGUCUAGUUCUUCGUCUAACUUUUCUAAUUCUUCCUCUUCAUCGUCUUCUUCAUCGAGUAGCUCGUCUUUUCAAAAUGCGACUUCAUCAAGUCAAAAUUCCUCGUCAAACUCUAGUGGCAAUAGUUCAGGGUCAGGGUCGAAUAACUCAAAUCAACAAACCUCCGGUAGUUCAUCCGGAUCCAACCAAUCCUCCAACCAAAGUUCAAAUCAACAAAGUUCGGGUUCAAGCAGUAAUUCGAAUCAAGGAAAUAACCAGCAGAGCUCCGGUAGCUCAUCUGGAUCGACUCAGAGCUCUAGUCAAGGGUCAAAUCAACAGAGUUCGUCUGGCUCCUUCAAUAACAAUCAACAAUCCUCAGGAUCUAACAAUAACUCAAAUCAACAGACCUCCGGUAGUUCAUCCGGAUCCAAUCAAUCCUCCAACCAAAGUUCAAAUCAACAAAGUUCAGGUUCAAGCAGUAAUUCGAAUCAAGGAAAUAACCAGCAGAGCUCCAGUAGCUCAUCUGGAUCGACUCAGAGUUCCAGUCAAGGGUCAAAUCAACAGAGUUCAUCUAGCUCCUCCAAUAACAAUCAACAAUCCUCAGGAUCUAACAAUAACUCAAAUCAACAAACCUCUAGUAGUUCAUCCGGAUCUAACCAAGGCUCAAAUCAACAAAGUUCAGGAUCAAGCAGUAAUUCGAAUCAAGGAAAUAACCAGCAGAGCUCCAGUAGCUCAUCGGGAUCGACUCAGAGUUCGAAUCAAGGAACAAAUCAACAAAGUUCGUCUAGCUCCUCCAAUAACAAUCAACAAACGGGCAAUCAACAAUCCUCAGGAUCUAAUAAUAACUCAAAUCAACAAACCUCCAGUAGUUCAUCCGGAUCUAACCAAGGCUCAAAUCAACAAAGUUCAGGAUCAAGCAGUAAUUCGAAUCAAGGAAAUAACCAGCAGAGCUCCAGUAGCUCAUCCGGAUCGACUCAGAGUUCGAAUCAAGGAACAAAUCAACAAAGUUCGUCUAGCUCCUCCAAUAACAAUCAACAAACAGGCAAUCAACAAUCCUCAGCAUCUAACAAUAUCUCAAAUCAACAAACCUCCAGUAGUUCAACCGGUUCUAGCCAAUCCUCCAAUCAAGGUUCAAGUCAACAAAAUUCAGGAUCAAAUAACUCGAAUCAACAAAAUAACCAGCAAACGUCUAGCCAGCAAAAUUCAAAUAAUAAUUCGAGCAAUGAAUCGAAUCAGCAGUCAAGCAGUAGUUCCGGUUCUUCUUCCAGCAAUAACCAGAAUCAGGCACAAUCGACAAGUCAGCAGGGAUUGGGUCAACAAGCUGGAAAUAACCAAGAAAGCAAUUCUGGAGCUCAGACCAUUGGUCAACUAGUUAACAAUAAAUGUGUUUCGGAAGGAUUUGUAGGAGAUGAAACAAACUGUACCAAAUUUUAUCGUUGCGUAGCGACCGGCCAAAAUACAUUUACUAAAUACGAAUUUGCUUGCGCUCCCAACACUGUUUGGGAUAGCAAUACACAAUCUUGCAAUCAUCCUCACGCUGUUUCCGGGAAUUGUUAUGCACCUCAAUCGAAUGUUGCAAAUAAUUCAACCACAAGUUCGGCCUCUAGUUCAAAUCAAUCAUCUCAAUCGAACCAGACAAAUGGUAACCAACAAAACGGAUCUAACAGUUCAUCUGGAUCCAAUCAAUCUUUCAGCCAAGGUACGAGUCAAACUGCUUCAAGCUCUUCGAACAACCAAACAAAUCAAUCUGGAGGAAAUCAACAGUCACCGAUUCAACAAGGUUCUGGGCAGCAGGAAUCAACUUCUCAAAAACCUGGCCAGAUUAAUCAAGGACAAUGUACAUCUGAUGGAUUUGUAGGAGACGAAAAUAACUGUAAGAAAUUCUACAGGUGCGUCUCCGAUGGUAAAAAAGGAUACAUCAAAUAUGAGUUCAAUUGUGCGGAUGGUACGGUAUGGGAUGAAGCGAGCCAGUCGUGUAAUUAUCCAUAUUCAGUGAAAGGAAAAUGUUACCUUGCUCAAAUGGAAAUUAAACCAAAUGAACAAGAAACUCAAUCAAGUACUGGAAGUCAACAACCCGCAGGUGGCCAGGAAUCAAAUCAACAAGGGUCCAGUCAAUCCAGCAAUAAUAACCAGUCCUCAACUAAUCAACAACAAGGAACAAAUCAAUCCAAUCAGGCUGUUGAAAAUCAACAAUCGAGCCAGGGUUCCAGUCACUCUUCUAACCAAGGAUCAAAUCAAGAGAAUUCAUCAUCCAACAAUAACUCAAAUCAGCAGGGAUCCAAUCAGUCAAAUCAAUCCGAAGUUAAUGAGCAACAAAACCAAAAUUCAAAUCAAUCAAAUCCAAGCCAAGGUUCCAGUCAGUCGUCUAACCAAGGAUCAAAUCAAGAGAGUUCUUCGAAUGCUUCGACAGGCAGUCAACAGUCAUCUUCUAAUAAUAAUUCAAAUCAACAAACCUCUAGCGGCUUAUCCGAAUCAAAUCAACCUUCUAGCCAAGAUACCAAUCAACAGGGUUCUUCUACUUCAAGCUCCUCGGGCAACCAAUCAAGUCAAUCUGGCGUAGAUCAAGGUUCUGAACAACACGGAGCAACUACCCAAAAACCUGGACAAAUUAGUCAGGGGAAGUGCACUUCUGACGGAUUUGUAGGAGACGAAAAUAACUGUAAGAAAUUCUACAGAUGCGUCCCCGAUGGUAAAAACGGAUACCUCAAAUACGAGUUCAAUUGUGCGGAUGGUACUGUUUGGGAUGAAUUAACUCAGUCGUGUAACUAUCCGUAUUCGGUGAAAGGAAAAUGUUACCUUGCGCAGCCAGAAAUUCAGCCAAGUCAAGAGACUCAAUCAAGCCCAGAGAGUUCAAGUCAACCCCCUGGAUCGCAACAACAAACUACAGGUGGUCACGACACGAAUCAACAAGGAUCCAGUCAAUCGAGUCAAUCUGGUAAUAAUAACCAGCCCGAAACCAAUCCACAACAAGGCUCGACUCAAUCGAAUCCGUCUGGCGGAAAUCAACCACCGAACCAAGAAUCAAGUCAAUCUUCUAACCAAGGAACAAAUCAGCAGAAUUCAUCAAGUUCAGGCAGUCAACAGUCUUCAUCAUCCAAUAAUAACUCAAACCAACAAACCUCGGGAUCCAAUCAAUCUUCCAACCAAGGUACCGGUCAACAGAGUUCUUCUGCUUCAAGCUCGUCGGGCAAUCAGUCAAGUCAAUCUGGCGGAAAUCAACCACCGAACCAGGAAUCAAGUCAAUCUCCUAACCAAGGAACAAAUCAAGUGAGUUCAUCAAGUUCAGGCAGUCAACAGGCUUCAUCAUCCAAUAAUAACUCAAACCAACAAACCUCGGGAUCCAAUCAAUCUUCCAACCAAGGUACCGAUCAACAGAGUUCUUCUGCUUCAAGCUCGUCGGAUAAUCAGUCAAGUCAAUCCGGCGCAAAUGAAGGUUCUGUGCAACCCGGAUCAACUGCCCAAAAACCUGGACAGAUUAGUCAGGGGAAGUGCACUUCUGAUGGAUUCGUAGGAGAUGAAAAUAACUGUAAGAAAUUCUACAGAUGCGUCUCCGAUGGCAAAGACGGACAUAUCAAAUAUGAGUUUAGCUGUGCGGAUGGUACGGUGUGGGAUGAUGCAAUUCAGUCGUGUAAUUAUCCUUACGCGGUGAAAGGAAAAUGUUCCUUGGCUCAACCAGAAAUUCAACCAAGUCAAGAAACUCAAUCAGGCACCGGAACUUCAAGUCAGCCAGGAUUGCAACAACAGCUUACCGAAGGAUCCAAUCAAUCGACCCAGUCCAAUAAUAAUACCCAGUCCGAAGCUAAUCAACAAAGUCAAGGUUCCAAUCAAUCAAAUCAACAGCAAGGCCAGGGUUCCAGUCAACAAACCGAUCAACAAGGUUCAACUCAAUCAAAUCAAUCUGGUGUAAAUCAACAACAGAGUCAGGGUUCCAGUCAACAAACAAAUCAGCAAGGUUCGUCACAAUCAAAUCAACAACAAAGCCAGGGUUCGAAUCAACAAACUAGUCAGCAAGGUUCAACUCAGUCAACUCAAUCUGGUGUAAAUCAACAACUGGGUCAGGGUUCAACUCAACAAAGUAAUCAACCACAGAGCCAGGGUUCGACUCAACAAAGUAAUCAACAAGGUUCAAAUCAAUCAAGUCAGCAACAAACUCAGCAAGGUCCCAACCAGUCUGGUCAAGAGAAUGCUACUCAAAAGCCAGCUCAAAUUCAGAAUAAUAAAUGCAUAUCCGAAGGAUUCGUAGGCGAUGACACGAACUGUAAGAAAUUUUAUAGAUGUGUCUCGAAUGGUGCAAAAGAAUACAUAAAAUACGAAUUUAGUUGUGCAGAUGGAACAGUUUGGGAUCAGGUUAGCCUGUCAUGUAAUUAUCCAUAUUCAGUUAGUGGAAAAUGUUCCCAAGUAACACCGGAUCAAAAUCCAAAUCAACCGCAGUCAUCGCAAGGUUCAAAUCCCGAAGGAUCAAAUCAACAAGGUUCCAAUCAGGGACAGGCUACUCAAUCGGAAAAUUCAAAUCAACUACAAUCUGGUCAACAAGGUUCCACUCAGGGACAGGGCACCCAAUCAGGUACUUCUAAUCAACAGGCACCUGGCCAACAAGGUUCCAAUCAGGGACAAACUCCUCAAUCGCAAAAUUCUAAUCAACAACAAUCUGGUCAACAAAGUUCCAAUCAGGGACAGGGAACCCAAUCACAAACCUCUAAUCAACAGGCAUCUGGCCAACAAGCUUCCAAUCAAGGACAGGCUCCUCCUAAUCAACAACAAUCUGGUCAACAAGGUUCCAAUCAGGGACAGAGCACCACAUCAGAAACCUCCAAUCAACAGGCAUCUGGCCAACAAGGAUCUAAUCAAGGUCAGGCUCCUCAAUCAGAAAACUCUAAUCAACAACAAUUUGGUCAACAAGGUUCCAACCAGGGACAGGGAACCCAGUCAGAAACUUCUAAUCAACAGGCAUCUGGCCAACAAGGUUCCAAUCAAGGGCAAGGAACCCAAUCAGAAACCUCUAAUCAACAGGCAUCUGGUCAACAAGGUUCCAAUCAGGGACAGGGUUCCCAAUCAGAAAACUCUAAUCAACAAGGUUCCAUUCAGGGACAAACCACUCAAUUGGGGCCACAAGGAACAACCCCACAAGAAUCUGUUCAACAGGUCACAACCACACCAAGACCCGGGCAAAUUAAUGAAGGAAAAUGUACAUCCGAAGGGUUUGUUGGAGACGACAGCAAUUGCAAGAAGUUUUAUAGAUGCGUGUCUGACGGUAAAAAUGGCUUAAUAAAAUAUGAAUUUACUUGCGCUGAAGGAACUGUUUGGGAUUCAGUCACACAAUCCUGCAAUUAUCCAUACUCAGUUACUGGUAAAUGUCAACAAAAACAACCUAGUAUGAAUCAACCCCAAAGUGAAAAUCAACACCAGGAAGGACUUCAGCCGACUACUGAAAGCUCGAACCAACAAUUAGGUGAGCAAACGUGGCAGUCACAGCCACCGGAUUCCAAUCAACCGGGUUCAGUCAGUCAGCAGCAAGGGUUAAAUCAAACUCAAGGUUCGAGUCAGAACCAGGAACAGAAUCAAAGUUCCAACAGUGAAGGAUCAAAUCAAUCACAAAAUAAUAAUCAACAGGGAUCCAACGCGUCAAUUGCAUCAGGACAAACAGAGCAAGAACCAAAUGGAAACAAACCAAUUACUGAAAAACCUGGCCAAAUAGUCGAUAACAAAUGUAUCGCCGAAGGUUUUGUAGGAGACGAAAGCGACUGCAAAAAAUUCUAUAGAUGCGUAGGGGACCUUGAAAAUGGUUUCAGUAAAUACGAGUUCACUUGUGGGGAAGGAACCGUUUGGGACCAGAGUAUCCAAUCGUGCAACUAUCCGUAUGUUGUUUCAGGAAUAUGCAAUCAACCGCAAUCCCAAGGCGCUAGCCAGGAAACUGAAAAUCAGCAGCAGCAAUCGACUCAAAGUAGUUCCAGUCAGCAAACGACCGACAACGCCCCCCAGCAGGGAUCGAGCGGAACUAACCAAAGCUCGAAUCAACAAUCGAGUUCCGUUCAACAGCAGAAUCAAAGCACGGCUUCCCUGUGCAGUCAGGAUGGAUUCAUAGGUGACACGAGGAACUGUUCGAAGUUUUACAGAUGCGUUGAGAACGGAAAAAACCAAUACUCCGCGUACGAAUUUAGUUGCGGAUGGGGAACCGUGUGGGAUCAAAAUUCUCUUACGUGUAACUACCCUUGGGCAGUGGAGGGCAAAUGUCGCCAAGGACUAGAGGAAGCCGGAUCUUCAACACCCGUGGAAACAUCGGUAACACAAAGUACAGUAACCACAUCUUACAACACAACAUCAACGUCAUCUACUGUUGAUGGACAAAGGACUACCACUUCCGAUGCGUUUGGAAUUCAAAGCACUUCUACAGCUACCGAUUCGAGUUACUCCGUUACGUCAACGUUAGCCAGCAUUACUAGUACCUACUCACCUUUAAUAACUACGCAGAAUACAGAAGUUACUGGGUCGGUUGGUACUUCAACCAACGUAGAUACCACUACUACCUCAGAUGGUGUUUCGACGACUUCUACGGUGAAUCCUGACACUACGACUACUAGUUCUGGGUCAACCGGUGGGACCGAAUGGGAGUCCUGCCCCAUUAGCCAGCUGGAAGGGCAGCAAGUGGCUCUGAUUUGUCCGACCGGUUUCAGAAGGCAUCCCAAAUACUGCAACUUGUUCUAUCAAUGCACCCAAGGAUCUCAGGAGCACGACUACAAAAUUCUAGUACUUAGUUGUCCGACAGGUACGGUCUACGACGACGAUCGAAUCCAAUGCUUGCCUCAAAACGAAACCAGUCGAGCGUGUAGGGGUGAAAUAGCGCAAGCCAGUCUGCUAAGGAAGUUGGAUGUCAACUCUUUGCCUCCAAUUCGUGUCCCCACGGAAAGAUCCCUGUGCCCGAACGAAGGCUAUCACGAGCUGGAAGCGAACGAAUGCUCUGAGGAGUUCGUCAAAUGCCAUCGAAGUGGACGUGGAUUAGAAGGGUACCUUUACCAAUGUCCAGAGGGAUUCGCCUACUGGCAAAUAAGCAGGAGAUGCGAAAGGACCUCCAAACUCUUCCAUUGUACGGAGUACAAUCGUUCGAAGAGCAGAUGGCAAGUACCGAUCGAAGAAUUCAACAUUUCGUAUCGGCGUAGGAAAAGUGCGCUCUUGCCAUCGAUGUGAAAUGCAUUCAGUAGGUACCGCGUAAAAUGUUUGAAAUAAGCAAAAAUUUUGAACGUUUUGUCUCCACGGUACUUAAAUAUGCAAUUACGUCCUGACUGAUUAUUGAAAGUAAUUAAUUGCGUGUAAAAUACGAAACGGCCGGAACGAUAUACGUUUGAAACGUAUAUUUUUUCGUCGUUUCACAUGGGGCUGGUUUAGGGUUAAAUUUAGGUAUUUAUUUUCGUUAUUUAUUUUAGAUUUGCAUGCGGCGAAUCUCGCAUUUGUACUGACAGUGUCAAUAUUGAUUUUACUUUAAUUAUUAAUAGGUUAAGAUCUCGAACG